GGCGCUGCUGGAGUGCCGCUGCCUUCUCAAACAGCUGAUCGGCGGAUGUCCAACCCCCACCAAUCAGAAGCUGAUGAUCUAUCCAGAGGAUAGUUAAAUAAAAGUGCAGAAUCCCUGUAAGCCAUUGAAAAAUAUGCAUAAUUUUUUUUCACAACUAGAACCACACUGACCAACCUAAAAUCAUGUGGCCAUUGUGCCACAAGCAAAUCACUAUGAAGUUGAGAGACACUGUGAACAAUGCAGCAAUGCGAAGUGAAAACAAAGAAGCCAUGGAUAUGGAUACACCAUCGCCGUCAAUGAAAGAUGCAGAACUUGUGUGCCUGUCACAUCCGCCACUUGUAGAAAAGAAGGCCUCAGCAAGGACGCGGAGUGAAGUGUGGGCAUAUUUUGCCUACAUCGCCGGUGAAGACGGGCAGCCAAAAGACACAGAAAAACCUGUCUGCAAAAGGUGUUACAAAUCUCUCCAUUGCAAAGCAGGAAACACCAGCAACUUGGCUAAGCAUUUGGCAGACAAUCACCCUGACCUCUACAAUGAGCUGAAAACUCGACAGAAGAAGAAGCAAAUCCAUUCUACAUCAUCCAAAAAUAAACCCACCCAGGCUACUACCAUUAUAUCUGUGCUUGAAAGACAGCGGAAAUAUGGCAAAGACUCCAAAGAAGCGCAGAGACUAAACAAAGCUGUUGCCGAGUACAUCUGCAUGGACCAAGUGCCUGUAUAUACGGUUGAGAAAACUGGAUUCAUAAACCUGGUACAGCAGUUAGACAGAAAGUAUGAUAUGCCUGGGAGAUACUACUUUAUGUAUACAGAAAUACCAACACUCUACACGGAGAUCAGAAGAGUGGUUGAGGCACAACUGGUUGAGGUUCCAUUCUUUGCUUGCACUACAGACCUCUGGACAAGCAGAGCUACAGAUGCAUUCAUGGCCCUCACCAUUCACUUUAUAACGGAAGAAUGGGAGAUGCAGUCUUGGUGUUUAGGCUGUACGGCUCUGUACACAGAUCAUACUGCUGACAGUUUGCAUGAAGCAUUUGAGGAAUCCUUAACUGAAGACUGGAAACUGGACAUAUCCAAAAUGUCUGGAUUAACAACCGAUAAUGCCUCUAACAACAUCAGAGCGUUUGAAGAAUACAGCUGGGUCCCAUGUUUUGGUCACAAUUUGCACCUGGCAGUAAACAAAGCCUUGGAUAUUGACAGAGUGGCGGCGUGUCUCUCAAGGUUACGCAAGACCGUCUCUGCGUUCUGCCGAUCAAAUAAAAUGAGCCGAUCACUGAAAGAAAAACAAAAGGCACUUCAUAUACCCGAACACAAGCUUAUUCACGAUGAACCGACCCGGUGGAAUUCCAUUUAUGAUAUGGUGGAGAGGUUCUGUGAACAGCAACAAGCUGUCUGUGCUGUCCUGGCAGAGAACCGGAAAAAAUGGUAUCUUAUGCCAAAGGACAAUGAUGUCACCAUUCUGGAGACCGUCAGAGAUGUGCUCGCACCAAUGAGCGAUUUUACUGAUGCGUUAAGUGGAGAGAAAGAUCCAACCCUGUCUUCUGUUCUUCCUUUGACAUGGAAAAUAUAUGCAUGUGCAUCGGAGGAGGAAUCUGACAGUAUCCUUGCCAGAGAAAUGAAACAGAGGGUCAUAGAUGACAUGAAAAAGAGGUACCAAAGCAAGAAGUUGCAACUCAUUCUCAACACUGCCACAUAUCUAGAUCCAAGAUUUAAGGACUCAUUUGUGUCUAUUCAAGAUGAAGUAAAAGAAGAGCUUCUACAAAGAGCAUCCAUUCUUCAGCUACCAGCAAGUUGCGGAGCAGAACAGAAAGAUGAAGAAGAACAUGCAGUGGCACAAGUCCCUAAGAAAAAAAAAAACGAUCUCAAAAGCUUGUUGGCCAACAUUGUGACGGAAAAAAGGGGGUCAGCCUCAGCAGGUGGUUCUGUGUGUACCGAAGAUACAUCAUCUGACAAAAGCCCUACAGCAAUGCUUUGCAAUGACUUCUUCUUGUACAAACAGAUGAAAGAAAUUAGUCCAGAAGAAGACCCACUAGCCUGGUGGAGGAGAAAUGCCCCAAGUCUGCCAGUUCUUGCCCAUUUUGCAAAAGCGUAUCUAUGCAUUCCCGCCUCUAGUUGUGCAUCAGAACGAGACGACUUCUUUGUUCAGUUGCGUGGGACGGCGAUGGGGUCCAACGUGGCGCCCACGUAUGCUAACAUCUAUAUGGCCCACCUUGAGGAGUCGUCCAUUUAUGGCAGCCACCACUUCAGACAUGUUCUGGGGUGGUGGCGCUAUAUUGACGAUAUCUUCUUGGUGUGGACGGACAACACGUUGGGCCUCCUCGCAUUCCACGCAUACCUCAACGAAGUCGAUCCGACCCUGAAAUUUACCGUGGUUCAUUCCACGGAUAGAUUGCAGUUCCUUGAUACGGAGGUCCGGAUCAUGGGACGAGGUUUGAGUACAGAUUUAUUUGUGAAACCCACUGACAAGAAUACUCUGUUGCGAUAUGAUAGUCAUCACCCUCGUUCCAUGAGCCGGUCCUUGCCUUUCAGCCAGUUCCUCCGUGUUCAGCGGAUAGUCAAGGAUGGACAAAUGAGACACAUCAGAUUAAAUGAAAUGGGCCACAAAUUUGCCACACAUGGAUAUCCAAAAAAAUUGGUCAAGGAAACCAUUAUGAGAGUGGAGAAUCACUCCACUGUCAUUAAGCCUAAGACUCCAAAUACUCUCAAGGUCAUGACUGAGGUGCUGUAUGAUGCGAAGUCUAUUGCGGUUCUAGUUGGCUACCCAUAUUGUGCACUUUUUAUCCACACCAUGAUGUUUGGACUGCUGCUGCAACAUUAA